AUGAAUCAGAGCUUCAGAUCACCUUAGAGAAAAUUGGAGGGUAUUUUGCUAUUUAUAAAUAAAGGGCCAAUAGUUAAAUUAAGAAUGAGAAAAAUACUUGAUAUAAGUAAAAUAAGGAAGGAGGAGGAAUAAUUUUAAUGCAUGUUAGAUUCUUAUGAACCAGAAUAAAGGUAUCAUCAAAAUUUAAACAAGUGUUUCUUUUCAGGACAGAACCUUUUAUAAUAGAACUUUCAGAUCUACUUCCAAAAGCAUUAAAAAAGCGGAUGAUAAAAAAAUCUCUGAGGAGUAUACUUUAUAUGGUUUUUCUCGAAUAAAAACAGAAAGGACACCCUUGAUUUUGAUUAGUAGGAAAUCAAAAAGAAUUUAGCCUGUAAUUGAUGAGGAUAAGGAUAUCAGUAACUAAGAAUGGUUUGAAAAAUGUAAACAAAUGGACCCACCUUAAGCCAAAGCUUAAUUUUAUGAUAAAGUUACUAAGUAAAAAAUAAAAUAAUAAAAGCUCAUACGUCUGGUAUGAUGUUACUGUGUUAGACUAUGUCUAAGAGACUAAGAAAUUUUCGGUUUAAAAAUACCCAGAGGGAUAAACAAAGAAUGUUACUAGAUUAUCUAUUCAGUUUUAUAAUUAAAAUUAAGAUCUUUUUAAAUAAGCCCAAUAAGAAAAGUAUAUAAAAAUAUUUAAUAUAGAGAUCAAAUUAGAUCUUAAAAGAAAAUCGAGUUAAAGAAGAUUCAAGAUAUUAUAAAUGUUAGCGAUGAAUAUGUUAAUAAACCUCCCUAACAUUUGAGAUUCAGAUUCAUGAAAAAAUUUUAAUAAAAUGAUCGUUAAGGAUUAUUAUCAAAACUUUUGGAGGAAGUUAAUUAAAUUUAUACUUUCGAUAUGAAAAAAUGCGUGUUCUAUAAGGAAUUGUAGAAAUACAAAUAAGUAUAUAUCCCAUUGCCAAAAUAUUAAUUUUACUAUAAGUAUUAGUAAUAAAUUGAGAAUAACUAAUCUUUUAUGCAAUAAAAUACGGUUUAAGCAUGGUAAGUGAUGAAUUCACGGUGUUAAAGGUUUAAUCUAAAAAUAAUUGAUUUAAAUUAAUUGUAAUUACCAAUUAUCAAUACUUCUUUCUUGGAAUAUUGUUAAAACAACAUAUAGAAUUACAUCUAAUAAGUUAAUUUGCAAAGAAAGUAUAAGAAGUCUGAAAUAUAGGAUGUCUUAUAAAAGAAAUAUAGCUUCUUGGGUAAGGAUUAAAAGACUCAUUAAUAAAGUCCUUUACACAGAAUUUUAAGAAAGUUAGAUUUAUUUUAUGCUGAUUUUCUAAAACAAUUAUUAUAGAUUAACACAGAGACUAUUUUCAAUAUUUAUAAAUAAUUCAUACUAUAAGCUAAUGAUACUUUCUAUGUUAAUACAUCAACUUUCCUAGUAUUGGAAUUGCAAGUUAGGAUAUUAAAACAAGCAAAGCCUAAAAAUAAAGUAAUGAAACAGAUGGAAAGACUGACCAAAUAAUCAAUCAGGGAGAGAGAAUAGGAGGUAUAAAAAGAGGAAAUAGAGUACGAUGAAAAAAUUACUCUAACCUUAUCUGAAUAUGAGGUUAUAGAACUCUUAACUUUUCCUUAAUUUUAAUUAAUUGAGUAAGUGAGCAGAGUGAAUAGGAUGGAAAGUGAUAUUAUGACUUUGUUAUUAUUGAAAAAUGAAUUGGCAUUAACACCGAAUGAUAUUGAAUAGUAGAAAUAGUAUAUUAAUCCAACGAUAGACAUAAUAAAGAGCGAAUAUAGAAAAUGUGAAUAAAUACUUGCUAAAUUUUAGAAGUUCGAAUUCAUUUUAAAGAGAUUCAAAUCCACUGAAGUGAAUUAGUUAUUAGGGAUAUCAACUAAAAGAGUUCCACUAUCUUAAUUAAAUUUUGAUGAUAUAGACGAGAAAAUCAAAUGUUUAGAACAAGCUAAAAACGAAAUUAUAAGUUAUUCUUCUGAUUCAAUUAAGCUUGGAUUAUUCACUUUACAAUUGAAAGGGAUAAAAUAAUUCUUGGUAAACAAAGCUGAAGAAUAGAAAAAAUUGAUUAUGAGUAGGAUUCAUGAAGUCAUUCAAUACAAUAUAAAAAAUAUAGGAGAAUAAUAUGAAGAGGUAUACAAAAAAGGAUCACACAUUCCAGAUACAGAGGAAGAAUUGAUAGAUUUAAAAUUGAUGCUUGAUGAAAUCAAUGUGAAAUUUGGGAAAUUACGAUUCGAAAUUAGUUAGAUGUAAAUGUAAUAUUUAAUUGUUUAGAAUGAAGUAUGUAAACAUAUUUGAGGAAAACUACUUUGAUUUCGAUAACAACAUUAUUGAAUCUUAUUAUCAUCUCUUAUAUAAACCUAAGGAUAUCACUCAAAUCAUUCAUAAGAACAAAGAUGUCAUUUUAAUUAAGGAGAAAGAGUUCUUGAAACGUUUAUAGUAGGAUGAGCAAGAUUUCAAAGAAACCAUGUAUCAAAUAGCAGAACUCUUUAAUUAAAUCAAACAAUUUAAUGAUUAUAGUUAAAUUAAGACUUAUCUCCCUCAAGUUAACCAAUUAAAUAAGUCCUUCAAUUAUGCCAAAGACCAAAUCAGCAGUUUUAAUAUUCGCUAAUAAAUGCUAUCGAUGCAAUUAACUAAUUAAGUAGAAUUGGACAACAUAAUGGUGUAAUUCAAACCAUACGAAAAGUUAUGGACUUUAGUGGUAUACAUCUCCAGCAUAUGCAUUAGAGCAAAUUCGAGUCCCAAAGGGAAAAGUGGAUUAGUGGAUCUUUCAAGUCAUUGAACUAUUAAGAUAUGAUUUGGAAGAUAAAUUAAUUUGCAAGUGAGAUAGGAUCCAUGAGUUCUAAUUUCGAAGAGGAGAAUGAAAACUUGAAAAGUUUAUUAAAAGGGUUUAGAAAAGCGUUGGAUUCAUUUAAAGAUAUAUUAUGGGUAGUCGAGGCUUUAGCAAUUGAGGCAUUCACAAGAAAGCCUUAAUUUUGGAGAGAGUUGUUUAGAGAAUGCAAAAUAAGUAAUUUCGAUCCAAAAGAGGAGUUCCCAUUUUUUGUUUUGUUGAACAGAGGAAUUUUGAAUUUUAAAGAAUAAGUAAUACAAAUUUCAAUAAGAGCUGAAAAAGGAUGGAAUAUUGAAAAGAGAUUAUAAGAGAUGCAUGGCAAGUUGAGUUAAGUUGGAUUAGAAGUAAGUCCUUAUAGAGAAACAUUUAUAUUUAAGAACUUGGAUGAAAUAUAAUUAAUUUUGGAUGAGUAAUUCAGUGUAUUGACAAUACUGAAAGCAUAGCCUCAUAUUAAGUUAUCAGUUGGCUAAGCUAAUCAAUUGGAAUAUAAAAUAUUAUUGAUAUAAGAAACCUUAGAUUUUGGAAUGAAAUGUCAAAAAUAAUGGAUGUAUUUAGAUCCUAUCUUUACAAGUGAAGACAUAUAAACAAAAUUAAUAGAGGAGACGAAGAAUUUUAAAUUAGUUGAUUAAGCUUUUAGAAAUUGUAUGAAGGAAUUUAAGAAGGAACCCAUCUUAUGGGAAUGUAUUGAUAGUGAUAAAAUGAAAGUUGAUUUUAGUAAUGGAGUAAUGUUAUUAGAUUAAAUCUAAAAGAGUUUAACUAUAUAUUUAGAGUAAAAGAGAAUUGUCUUUCCGAGGUUUUAUUUUGUUUCAGAUGAAGAACUAGUCCAAAUCCUAUCAUAAACUAAAGAUCCUACUCAAAUAUAGAAUCAUAUUUAUAAAUGUUUUGAAGCUAUGCAUAAAUUAUAGUUCACUUCAACUAAUGCCAUUAGUGGAUUUCAAUCUACUCAGGAGGAGAAGAUUAAAUUAUUCUAAGAUGUUAAAGUAAUGGAAGGUUCAAGGAAGGGCAAUGUAGAAUUGUGGUUGCUGGAUUUACAGAAUGAGAUGAGAACAGCUAUCAAAAACUAUUCAUAUUAAACUUUGAUCGAUUUGAUAUCAACCAAAUAGGAAUUUAUUUCUAAAUGGCCUGCCUAAUGCAUUUUAUUGGCAAAUCAUAUAAGAUGGACUCGUAACACUGAAUCAGCUAUAAGAGGAUAGUAAAAGUUAAAUUUGGCAACCUUUUGUGAAUAAUUAAACAAAGAGUUGCAUGAAACUGUAUAAUUGGUAAGAAAAGAAAAUAGAAUUAUUGCUAAAACUAUUUUAGAAGCAAUGGUUGUUAUGGAAGUACAUGCUAAAGACAUUGUUUAAUCUUUGUAUAAACAAAAUGUAUAAACCAUUUUUGAAUUUGCUUGGAUUUCAUAAUUGAGAUAUUACAACGAAGAAAAUAAGAAUGUUUCUGCUAGAAUGAUAAAUGCUUCUGUUUAAUAUGGAUUUGAGUACUUAGGAAAAGUUACUAGGUUGGUAAUGACAUCAUUAACAGAUCGAUGUUAAAGGACCUUAUUGGAAGCUUUACAUAUGAAUUAUGGCGGAGCACCAGAAGGUCCAGCUGGUACUGGGAAAUCAGAAACUGUAAAAGACUUAGCAAAAGCAGUUGGAAUGCCUUGUAUAGUUUUUAAUUGUUCUGAUGGUCUUAAUUAUAUUGCUAUGGGUAAAUUCUUUAAAGGAUUGGCUUCUUCUGGGUCAUGGUGUUGUUUUGACGAAUUCAAUCGUAUUGAUGCUGAAGUCUUGUCUGUUGUUGCUUAGUAAAUCUACACCAUUUAAAAGGCCAUUAAGGAGGAGAAAACCAAUUUUAUUUUUGAAGGGGAAAACGUUCAAUUAAUUAGAACUUGUGCAAUCAAUGUUACAAUGAAUCCUGGAUAUGCUGGUAGAACAGAAUUACCAGACAAUUUGAAAAUUCUAUUUCGACCUUGUGCUAUGAUGGUACCUGAUUAUGCAAUGAUAGCUGAAAUCUAUUUAUAUAGUAUUGGCUUUCAAAAAGCAAGAGAAUUAAGUAGUAAAAUUGUUACUUGUUUAAAAUUAUGCAAUGAAUAACUAUCUAGUUAAGAACAUUACGAUUUUGGUAUGAGAACCUUGAAAGCUGUAUUAAAUUCAGCAAAAUCUAUGUUUAAUGAAACUGAAGAGGAAAUUUGUUUAAAUGCUUUGAUUAACGUUAAUAAACCAAAAUUUACUGAGAGUGACCUCCUAUUGUUUAUGGCUAUAACCUAAGAUUUAUUCCCAGGCAUUUAACUAGUAGAAGGAGAAGAACUAUCAAAUUUAUAUGAUGGGUGUUAGGAGUUGGAUUUAUAAAUGGACAAGGAAUUCUUUGAAAAAUGCAUACAAUUAAACAACAACAUUAAUGUUAGAAAUGGAGUUAUGUGUAUUGGAUAAGCCUGUGCAGGAAAAACCUCAGUUCUAUAAACACUCUGUAAAAGCCAAGAUGCCCUCAUAUUAAAAUUAAAUCCAAAAGCCAUAACAAGUGAUCAACUCUAUGGUAGACUAGACCCAGAAACAAAAUAAUGGGCAGAUGGAGUGGCACCAAUUUUAAUAAGGGAUAACAUUGAUAAACAAUAAAAAGUGUGGAUAAUGUUUGAUGGUCCUGUAGAUUCUAUUUGGAUAGAAAAUUUGAACACUGUAUUGGAUGAUAAUAAAAAGUUAUGUUUGACUUCAGGUGAAAUAUUAAAAAUACCAGAUACAAUGUGUAUGUUAUUUGAAAUAGAAGACUUAAAAGCAGCCUCUCCAGCAACAGUAUCAAGAUGUGGGAUGGUAUAUUUCUUACCCAUAAAUUGGUAUCUGAUUGUUCAAUCCAUCUAAUUACACAAAGGAUACGAUAAGGAUUAUACAAUUAGAAGAAUAAGAUUGUAAGAUAUGAUUAAUAUUUUAUAUAGUUUGUUAGAUAACACAAUAGCUUGGGUUAAGUCUAGACAUUCUGUUUUUAUAAUUUACGAUUCUAUUAAUAUAUUAACAUGUAGCUUCCUUAAGUUGCUAUCAAAGUACUUGACUGAAGAUUUGGUUACAAAAAACUAUGAUAAUAUUAUUAUCUUUUGUUUGAUUUGGUCAUUUGGAGCAGCAAUGGAUGAACAAAUCAGACCUCAAUUUAAUCAAUUUUUGAAUAACUUAUUAGAAAAGAAAGUAACUGAUUUAGAAACCUAAUUUCCAUCUGAUCCAUAGUUGGAAUUAUAGAUUGAAAUAUUGGAUGAUUAUUUUUCAUAUUGUUACAUUCAAGGGAAAUGGGUUAAAUGGAUUGAUGUAUUUACAUUAUCUUAUUAAUAGACUUAAGUCCCUUAAAAAAUACAAGGUUCAAUGCAAUUCCACGAGAUUUUUGCAUAGACUGCAGAUACAAUUAGAAAUGAUUACUUUUGUUAGAUAGGUUUGCAUUUUUUGUUUGCAGGUCCUACUGGCACUGGCAAAUCUUUAUCUAUGAACAAAUAUCAGUAGUUUUUAAUUACAUGUUCUGGCUAAACCACUGCUAAUAGAUUGUAAAGAUUGAUAGAAACUAAAAUUAAUAAGAGGAGAAAGAAAGGUCAUUAUUAUGCAGAGGAAGGAUAAAUUAGAAUAUUUGUAGAUGACUUAAAUAUGCCCUAUAGAGAACCUGAAGGAUCUGUACCAGCAGUCGAACUAUUAAGGUAAUGGAUGGAAAUGAAUGGGUGGUAUGAUUUAGAUACUAAAGAAUUCAAACACAUUUGUGAUAUAACAUUCUUAGGCGCUAUUCAUCCUGCAGAAAGGAAUUAAAUCACUUUGAGAUAUUUAAGAUUUUUUAAUCUUUUAUAUAUUGGUGGAUUUAAUCAUUAAAAUCUAACCACUAUGUUAAAUGUUUUUGGUGAAUGGCUAAUAAUGAAUUAAGUGGAAGAAAUUAGAGACUUAAAAAACACACUGGUUGAAAAAACUAUCAAUUUGUAUUUGAGUGUGUAGAAAUUGUUAUUACCAACUCCAUAGAAAUCUCAUUAUAUAUACAACUUAAGAGAUAUCUUUAAAAUAUUUGAAGGAAUCAGCAGAGUGAAAGUCAUAGAUAAUCCAGUUCAUUUAUUUAAAUUAUGGGCUCAUGAAUGCUUACGAGUUUUUAGUGAUAGACUUAUUGAUGAGGAAGAUCAAAAUAAAUUUGAAUAACUAAUUCAAGAUAGUCUCAGUUAAUUGAAUUUAGAAUCUAUUCAAAUACAAAAUCUAACAUUUUCAUCUUGUUUAAAUAAACAAUAUGAAGAAGUUUAUGAUCUAUCUAAGUUAAGAGAAAAGUUAAUUAUGAUUUUGGAUAAAUAUAAUUCACUUGAUUCAUAAGGUAGACUUCAAUUGAUCUUUUUUAAUAUGGCUGUCAUUCAUAUUAUAAGAAUUGUUAGGAUUCUAUCUAAUGUUUAUGGACAUGUUUUAAUGAUCGGUAUGGGUGGAACAGGCAGAUCUUCAUUGAGUAAGAUAGCUAAUUUUAUUGUAUUUAAUAAAUCCCUGAAAACAAUAGACUCUAGAUCUUGGAACGAGUAGUUAUUGAUUUAAUUAAAAGAAACAGGAUUAGAGAAUGAAUAAAACACAAUAUUGUUUAAUGAUUCCUAAUUCUAAUCAGAGUACAUGUUAGAAGAUGUAUGUAAUUUAAUGAGUCAUGGUGAAGUGUCUCAUUUAUUUCCCCCUGAGGAAAGAAUUAAGAUACAAGAAACAACAACUUAUAGUUAAUUUGUUAAAAAUUGCAAGUUAAAUAUACAUGUUAUUUUGUGUAUGUAACCUGUAGGUGCACUUUAUAGAAAACGUUUAAGAACAUUUCCAACAAUUAUCAAUUGUACAACUAUCGAUUGGUUUUCAACAUGGCCUGAAGAUGCUUUAGAGUCAACUGCUGAAUAAUUCUUACCUAAACAACUGGUUAAGAUGGGUGUCGAAGUUCAUUAUAAAAUUCUUUAGAUUACUGAAAGAUUCAAAUAAGAAUUGAGGAGAUAUUUUUAUGUGACUCCAACUUAGUAUUUGUAAAUGCUUUAAACUUUUUAAAUCAUUUAGGAACAGAAGAUGGGAUAAUCUUAACUAUUUAUUGAGAAAUUCGAGAACGGAGUCGAAUAAAUUAAAAAAGCAGAAAAUGAUGUGGAUAGAAUUAAAGCUAAAUUAUUUGAAUUGCAACCUAAAUUACAAAAGGCAAAUGAAGAGAACAAUUAAUUACUGAUCAAAAUUCAAAAACGAUAAGAGGAGGCUGAUAAGAAGAAGCAAGCUUGUGAAUCUGAAGAAAAGAUUUGUCAACAAUAAAGUGAUGAAGCAAAUGAAUUGAGAAAUAGUUGUUAAUAAGCAUUAGAUAAUGUGUUACCUUUAUUAGCUUAGGCUACUGAAGCUUUGGAGAGAAUCACUAAGGAUGAUAUGAUAUUAUUGAAAUCAUUUACAAAUCCACCAGUAUCAGCUGCCAUCGUUAUGGAAGGAUUAGCUUAUGCAUUUGAAGAAGAUCAUUUAGUCAAAAGCAAGAAUAAAGAGCCUCCUGUCUUGUAGGAUUAUUGGGAUUAUGCUAAGAAAUGUUUAUUGAAUGACAAAUUAAUUAAGAGAAUCAAAAGCUUAAAGUUAGAAUAGAUUAGAUAAAUCUCUUUUAAGAACAUAUAAAAAUUAUAAGUUUUUGCUAAAAAUCCUUUGUUUGAGAAGGAUAGAGUAUUCAACGCAUCAAAGGCUGCAGGCAAUUUGGCACUCUGGAUAAGAGCAGUUCUUGAAUCCUAUAUGGCGGUUGAAAUAAUUGAACCAAAGAAGGCAGAGUUAAAGCAGGCAGAAGAGAAGUUGCAAUUAGCUGAGGAACUUGUUUAAGAAAAGAAAAAUGCUUUGGAAGUUGUUUUAGAAGAGUUACAUAGUUAUUAGUUAGAAUAUAAUAGAGCAAAGGCAGAGAAGGAAAGAAUAGAAGAGUAGGUUAUUACUAUCAGUUCUUAAUUGUAAAGAGCAGAACAAUUAAUUGCUAAUUUAAGUGAGGAAAAAUCAAGAUGGAAUUUAAAAGCAUAAUAAUACAAGGAAAACUAAAAGAAUAUUAUAGGGGAUUGUAUGCUUAACUCAGCAAUUAUUGCUUAUUUGGGUGUAUUCCCAAUUUAAUAUAGAGAAGUUUGUUUAGAAUUUUGGAAAUCAAAAUUGUAGGAAUACAACAUCUAAAUCUCAAGCAAUUAUUCAUUACAAAAUCAAUUGAGUGAUCCUGUUCAAAUUAACAGAUGGCUCUAAUAAAAAUUACCAAAUGAUUAAUUCAGUAUCGACAAUGCCAUUAUUAUGAAAUAAUCAACAAGAUGGCCAUUAAUGAUAGAUCCACAACUUUAAGCAAAUGAGUGGAUUAAGAAUAUGGAAAAUCAAAAAAGUUUAAUUAUAUUUAAUGCAAUGUGGCCUAUCAGUUAAAUAUAACUAUAACUGCAACAUGCAAUUUAAAUAGGUUAUGCUGUCUUAUUAGAGAACGCAGGAUAAACAUUGGAUCCAUUGUAUGAAUAGAUAUUACAAUUCAAUUAAUAAAGAGGGCAAAGAAACUUAUAUAUCAAGUUUGGCGAUAAGAUGAUAGAGUAUUCUAGUGAUUUUAGAUUCUAUAUCACUACUAAACUCUCUAAUCCUCAUUAUUAACCUUAAGUUUGUGUAGUUGUGACUAUGCUCAAUUUUUAAGUUACUUAAGAAGGUCUAAUAGAUUAAAUGCUGAAUAUAGUAGUAAAGAUUGAUGAACCUUUAAAGGAUGAAUAAAGGAAUAAAAAUAUAUCGUAAUAUGUGUUGAAUAAGAAUAAGUAAAUCCAAACUGAAAAUCUGAUUUUAAAAUUGUUGUCUGAGGCUUCUGGAGAUCUAUUAGAGAAUGAGGUGUUAAUUAAGACUUUGCAAUAGUCCAAAGAUGAUGCUUAUGAAAUUGAAUAAAGAUUAUAGAAAUUAGAACAUGAUCAAUUGUUGUUUAAUUAAAUUAAGUCAUUCUAUAAUCAAGUGGGGGAAUUGGUUUCUAACAUAUACUUCAUAGUUAAUGAUUUAUCCAUAAUUGAACCGACCUACGUUUGGUCGUUGGAAUUUUACAUCUAGUAAUAUUAGAAAUCCAUUAAGGAGGCCUAAUUUGGUAAGCAAAGAAGAGUGUAAAACAUCAUAGAUAAAUUUCUUUAGCACAUUUACAUUACAAUAAAUAGAUCAUUAUUGGAUAAAGAUAAAUUUAUAUUUAGAUUUUUAUUUUGUUUAAAAGUGCUUAAUAUUCCAAUCGAAUAGAUAAGAACUUGUGUAAUAGGGCCUUCCAUUACUUAAACUGAUUUAAAAAUGCCUACAACUUAUGAUUGGUUGACUCCUAAGAUGUGGUUGGGAUUGGUUGAUUUAAUGGAGAAGUACCCUAUAGAUUUUGGUUGGUUAUACAAAGAUAUAGUAGAAAAUCAUUAAUUUUGGAAUGGAUACUUUUAUAGUCAACAAUCAUAUAAAAUACAAAUACCAUAGAUUGAAAACCAAUUCAAUUCUCUGAUGUUGAUAAAGAUCAUAAAACCUGAGCAAUUUAUCAAUAGUUUCAAUGAAUUAGUAAGAUCAUUGAUGGGCAAACAAUUCUUGGAGAAUAUCCCAUUUACUUUUGAGUAGUUCUACUAAGAAUCCACUCCAACAACACCAUUAUUAUGUUUGAUACAACCAGGCAGUGAUGCAAGACAAGAAAUAAUACAGUUGGCAGAUAAAUUAGGAUACUAGGAUAACAUCUACACAGUCUCUUUGGGAUAAGGUUAAAUAUAAUUGGCAUUGAAAUUGAUAAAGAAUGGUAUACACUAAGGUAAGUGGGUUUUAUUAUAAAAUUGCCAUGUUGCCUAAUCGUUUAUGCCAGAAUUAGAGUAAUUGUUUGAAAACCAAUUUAAGAGUUAGAAUAUAAAUAAGGAGUUCAGAUUAUGGUUAACAAGUCAACCUACUAAUUUAUUUCCACAUAAUGUUUUACUGAAAAGUAUAUUCUUAAAUAAUUAAUAGCUCUGAAAUUGACCUAUGAAUUGCCAAGAGGUUUAAAGAACAAUAUGUUGAGAUCAUAUUUCUAAUAAGACUAAGAGAAAUUUGAAUAAUGUAAAAAAUAAGAUGAAUGGAAGAAUUUAUUCUUUUCUUUGACUUUAUUUCAUGCUUGCAUUUUAGAAAGAAGAAAAUAUGGUCCAUUGGGAUGGAAUGUUAGCUAUAAUUUCUCAUAGCAUGAUCUUGAGAUAUCAAAAGAAUAAAUUCUCUACAUUCUAAAUCAUUAACAUGAAACCCAAUGGGAUGCAUUACAAUAUUUAGUUGCUGAAUCAAAUUAUGGUGGAAGAGUAACAGAUCCAUAGGAUAGGAUAUUGUUGAAUAUUUUAGUAAAUGAAUUCUUAAAUGAAAAUACUGCUAAAGAAGGAUAUGCAUUUAGUGAUUAUGUUAAAAUACCAUAAUCAGAUAAUAUACAUGGGUACAUUAACUAUAUUCAAACUCUACCAAUUGAAGAUCCUCCAUAGCUGUUUGGUCUACAUUCAAAUGCAGAAAUAUAUUCCUCAAUUUUGUAAGUUGAUCACAUUAGUUAAGAAAUCUUGUAAGUCUUGCCGAGAGCCAUUGGAGCUCAAUAAAAUACAGAUGCUAUUGCCAAGCAAAAAUGCAAAGAAAUAAUAGAUUUAUUGCCUUAACAAUUCAAUAUUGCAGAAUUGGAACAUAAAUAUCCAAUUUUGUCACAAAACUCUUUGAAUACUGUACUUCAAUAAGAUGUGGGUAGAUAUAACAAACUACUGAAAACAAUAAAUUCAUCUUUGUCUAAUCUUAUUAAAUAGAUAGAUGGAUAUAUUAAUAUGUCUGAUGAUUCCUAGGACAUACUUGGAAAUAUUAUGGAUAAUAAAGUACCUAACGAAUGGUUGAAACACUCAUAUUAGACAACUAAACCAUUAGCAACAUAUAUCAAAGAUUUACUAGAUAGAUUAUCCUUUAUUCGAAAGUGGAUUAUACAAGGUGAACCAAUAGUAUAUUGGUUGGGUGGUCUAUUCUUUAUACAAAGUUUUUUAACUGGUAUUCUUCAAAAUUAUGCCAGGAAACAUAAAAUACCAAUAGAUGAGGUUAAAUUUGACUAUGAAUUCUACCAAAAUAAACCGAGUUCAAAGCCAGAGGAUGGGUUUUAUGUUGAAGGCAUUUACUUUGAUGGCGCAAAAUUCGAUUUUAAAACUAAUUCUAUUGAAGAACCUGAAAAUCUCAUUCUUUACUAUAAUGCUCCCAUCAUACAUUUCAAACCUACUUUGGAACAAUAAGUACUGUAACACUAUGCAUGUCCUUUAUAUAAUACUGUAUAGAGAAAAGGGAAUCUGACAAGUACAGGUGGAUCAGCCAAUUUCAUAUGUAAUAUUAAAGUGCCAAUCAGAUAGUCUGACAGUCAUUGGGCAAAGAGAGGUGUAGCUAUGAUUUUAUAAUUAAAUUGA